UCAUCUGGCGAUGACAGGAAGACAUGUCCCGGCAGGCUCCGCCCCCCAGGCCCGGGCUCCGGAGCCGCGCGCCGGGCAGUUGAGGGUCAGGGAACCUUGCUGUGAUAAUGGCGUGUUGGAACUAAGGAAAUUCGGAAACGCCUCUCACGGGGGUGGCUUCCGACGUGUGGUCUGUGCAGGACUGUUCGCAUGCACGCAGCCCUCAGUGGACAUCAGUGAUCGCCAGGAGGAUCCCAGCGAGGCCGGCUCCGCGCCUGGCGUCCCCUCACACCCGGGGUCUUGGAAGGAGGGCCACGUCUGUGUCCCCCGCACCGGCUCAAGCCCCCCACAAGAGGCCUCAGCGCAACUGGUGACCAGAAGUUUCUCGCACCCUCAGCCUGAAGAGCCUGCCGGCCCAGCUGGCCAGGCCCUCCACGGGGGAGGGGCAGGGCUUAGCUCUGCAUCCCUUGUUUCUCUGGAAAAAUAUGCAUCCUGGAGGUGCGAGGUCUGGAAGGCCCUGAGCCACCUAGCAGAGGGCACCGGGAAAACCAAGUGUUUACGGGAUUUACACACAGGAAGCUUUCCGCAGCGCCUCGGCCCGCGGCAAACUCCGCGCAGCAACAGGAGGCUGUGUGAAGGGGAGGGACUUCCAGGCCCGGGUUUCUGCUCAGCCCCGGCAGGAGCCGCUCCUUCCACUGAGCAGGGGCUGGGGAAUGGGGGUGGGGGGCCUUCCUGCCGCCCACCCUCUGAGGGCACGGAGGCUCCUCUUAACAUCACAGAGGCCACCAACGCUGGCCACCGGCCUUCACGUCCACCCUGGGCAGGCCGAGGCCUCUGGGCUUCCCUGCAGGAGGGCCCAGUGCCCAGCGUGUUGCUGGGUAAAUAAGUGGAUGGGGCCUGGAGUGAGGGAAGCAUGUCUGAGUUUUAAGUGCUGACCCUUGAACUUGGCCGGUCACUUAGAAAAAGUCUCAGUCGAGUCUCCCCUGUGGAGAAUGGACAGCGUCACCAGCUCUCCAAUAGUCAUUAUUUCCCAGGCCCCGUGCCCAGGUCCCAGC